CUAUUUAAAAUGCAAUGGUUUUCUUGAACAAUGCAACCAUUUUUCCUCUUAAAACCCCUUAUCUAUUUUUUAUAAAACCCCUUAUCUAUUUCUCUUUCCUCUUGAACAAAUAUAUUUUUCUGUGAUUUUGCCAUUUUCUUCUAUUGAAGCUUGCGAAAAUGGGGGGUUGUUUAAGCAAGAAGAGCACUAGUGCUUCUUCUCCUAGUGUACUUCUGAAGCCGCCUGAAGAAGUUAAAUCUGAUACCGGAGUGGAGAAGAAGAAGAAGGCAGAACAAGAAACUGUAAAGAAAGAUAUUUUUAUAAUAAAACACAGGAAGAGCCAUGAAAAUGAAAGGCGGUUCGAAGAUGAAGAAAGCAAAGCCAAGAACGGUGAGUUGGUGAAUGGUUAUGGGAUUACGGGAGCAGCCCCAGUAAGGACUUCAAGUUGCACAAAAGAAGAGUUGGAUGCCAUUUUACUACAAUGCGGUAGGCUUAGCCGGAGUUCAUCUACAGGGAAGACUGCCAUUUCUGGUUCCGGUGGAUCGUCUGAAAAUGGUGUUAUUAAUCUUCAGAAGGGGAGAAAAUGUAUUGGUUCAAAGAGGAGUUUUGAUUUUGACAAUGAGAAUGGUAGGAAGGGACAAGAUACUGAUGUGAAAAAUGUUGUUAAUGGUGAUGAUGGUGGAAUGGUAGGCGAGAGAGAGAGCCGCCAUAGACGCCGGCCCAGCCAGGCUGUGGAGGUUGGGUCCUCAUCUCAGGGGGGGACGAGGAGGAGGACGCCGAGUAGAGAAAGGGACCAGGCACGGUCGGGUAGUAGAGAAAGAGGCGGCAGUGGCAGUGGUGGAAGGAGGGUCAGUAGAUCUCCAGGUCGAAGAUCUGAAUCUCCAAUUACUAGUUCUAGUACUGCUAAUUCCUCGUCUGCCAAUGCGAAUGGUGAUAGAGGCAACCGGCCUGGUAAAAUGGUUUCGGUGCCUGCUACUGUUUCAUCUUUGGCAAUGGAUAAGAGUAAUAAUGCUGCUUCUGGUGAGCCUAAUAUGACUACUGCUGUUAAAAGGAUCCAAGUGAAGAGGAAUGUGGGUGCUGAUGGAGCUGCUGGUUCGAGAACUAGUGCAUCUCCUCGUGCUCAAUCCCCAGCAAGGGCGAAUGCUCGAGUUUGUAAUGAGAAUCAGAACAUUAAUUCGGGUCAGAACCACCAGCAGUUAGUGUCCUUGAGCAGAAGCAAUUCAAGGAAGGCUGAGCAUUCUCCUUGCAGAAGAAAUCCCCUCAGUGAAAUCGGCACUAAUGUCAUUGUGGAACACAUGUCCUCUUCGCCUGGAAUUAAGACUAAGAACAAAGUUCUGUCACAGGCUACUGUGCAGAAGCCAAAUGCUGAUAAUAACAGAGGUGUGCAAGGGGGCAAGAACAAACCUGACAACAGUUUAACAAAUGUGAAUUGCAAAGCCAAGGAGAAGCCACAGCUGAUGGCUAAAGAAACUACAGAAGCAUAUGGACUUGCAAGUAAUGUUGCACUGAAUUUCGUUAUUUCAGGAACCGAACAUCUCAAACCCCUUGUGAAAACAAGAAGCAGAUCCUCUCAGUUAUCCCGAGACCUCGACAUCAAACUUGAAGAGCUGUCCAAUCCUACUCCAUCCUAUACAGCACUAUUGCUAGAAGACAUUCAUAACUUCCACCAAACAAAUAGUACGCCCCCUACCUUUUCUCUCCCACCGUGUUUGACUAAAGCCUGUUCUAUCCUUGAAGCUGUUGCUGACCUCAACUCCACUACUAGGUCAAAUUUAUCCAGUACUUUCUCAGACGAAAAAAGAAGAAACCCCUUAUCAGAAAAAUUUACUAGGCGUGAUGGAAAGGACCCCUUCGGGGAAUCUGAGGUGGCCGUUUAUGAUGAUUUGAUGGAGCCAAGCUUUCAAAAAUAUGUGUCAGUGAGGGAUGCUGUAGGAGGAGAAUCAAUACAGCAGGAAUCCUCUGGCAGCAACAGUUUUAUUAGCAGUCAACGACACCAGGAUUCUUCUUCAUGGGAACCUAUUUCAGCUGAUUCAACUGAUGGCUGGACUUCCUCCAGGUCUAAUAUCAGGCAGACUGAUCGAAGUCCACUGGGAUUUCAGAGGCAUGCCGUAUCUGAAACUACCCAAGAUGUCGACUUUAUUGGAAAAAGCAAGCACAAAGAAGAUGGAUUUUGAUUAUCCCCUGAAAUAGGCUAUAAUAUAGUUGGAGCAAAAGCUAAAAUAUUGUCCAUUGCACGGCCUGAAGCUGCAUGAUACUGCAUGAAUAUGCCUCAUAAGAACCACAUCAAUUUGAAAAAUAAACUGAUCUCUUGUAGCACAGUAGAUAAGCAGUAUGGCUGGCAGCAGCACUACCGACAAAAGGAGGUACAGAGAAGCACCAAAUGAUCACUUUUGAGCUUCUCCGGUUCUCACUAAUAGCAAGAUAAUCAACUUCUUUGAGAUUCAACAGUGAAAGAGCUACUGGAGUUGUCAAAGAGUAAUGAUUUAUUAGGUAUUUUGGUUAUCCAAAAAAUGCAUGAUAUUUUCUUGAAAAAGUAGAUGUCGUCCCAGGUUCAUUGAUAUCAGAGCACAACGUUUGAUAAAAUCUUAUCAAUUUGACUAUUUUUCCAGUGCAUAUCCAUCUUCCGGUUGCCUCGUUACUUACUUUUACGCAUGUAUUCCAUAUUCCUUGUAAAGGCUACGAUGGCUACCUUAUGUUCUUUGUCCAAAUAAUAUUAGCCACUAUCCUUUCUAACUUCUUUCCUGUAUUUUCUGCAAUGAACGACACUUUGAUGUGCUCUCGUGACAUUCAAUUUCCAAUAAGCUC